AUGAUGAAAUGGCGUCAAAAGUCGUUCGUCUCAAGAGAAAGAGCAAUUUCGAUUAUUUUUACUUUUUCUUUAUUUCGUUUUGUCUUUUUUUUAUUUUCCUUGUCUUUUUUCUUAAUCUUUCCUCGCGUUUCUUUCUUUCUUUCUUUCUUUCUUUCUUUUCAUCGGUUUUAUUCCUUCUUCUGCUCUAAAUUCUUGUUUCUUUUUUCUUUGUCUUUCUUUUCUUUCUGCUUCUUUCUUUUCUUUCAUAUUCUCACCCCCCCCUUUAUUUUCUCUUGUUGCUUUUCUUUUGUUUUUAUCCUUUUCUUUUCUGUCUGUCUUCAUCUUUUUUCCUUGCUUUUUUUCUCCGUGUUUUUCCUCUUCUUUCUUUUUUCUGCUUACGGCCAUAUCACGUUUUUUUUCUUUCUUUCUUUCUUUCUUUCUUUCUUCCUUCCUUUUCAUCGAUUUUAUUCCUUCUUCUGCUCUAAAUUCUUAUUUCUAUUCUCUUUUCCCUUCUUUUUCUUUCCUAUUCUUUUCCCCCUCCCUUUUUAUUUUCUCUUGUUUUCUUUUUCUUUCUUUCUGUUUUUCUCCUCUCUAAGGCUUCUUUCUUUUCUUUCCUAUUCUUUUCCCUUCUUUUUUUCUUUUGUUUUAUCUAAUCUUUUUUUCUUUCUCCGACUUUUUCUUUAUUUCACUUUGGAUUUCUUUUCCUCGCUUUAA